GUGUGUGGCCUUGGAAUAAACAGCGCGAAUAAUUACAGGGUCGGUUGGAUGGGUUGCAUAAUGCAUUCCUCUGAUAUUUGAUUUAUAAUUGCCAAAAUGGAAAUCUUCUUCCUUGACUAGUUAAUCUGUGAGAAGAAGUGUUGUUUGAUCUGUUGUUGCAUUAUAUUUGCCUUGAUGUCAUUGUCACUUGUAAUAGUUUGACUCACAUAAUUGUAAUUGCUGCUCACAUUUUUAUUAGUUGGUCACCUGUACUGCAGUUUAAGCUCUGGAGAGGACACUUGUAUCGACUGAGACAAGACAAUCUGGACCUGGAGAAGCAAGAACAUUUAAAGGUUUGAAGAAUAUGACAGUUAACAACAGUCCAUGCUCAUAAGAGUUAUAAUCUGUUGAUAUACAGUUUUGUGAAAGAAGACUGCUAUUAUUGUAAAGAAAUAGCAGCUGACUGGUACUCAGAUUAUUAUGGCUCAGGUGAAGCAGAAAGGAUUUCAAAAGAACACUGGGAGGUAUCAAGCUGAUAAGGAUGACAAUUGGAAGGAGGACGCAUCCGAGCGACGACUGCAGACCUGCCUCGAGAAUGACGCCAUCGAUACCAAGUUCGGCUUCGACCGCGCCCGCGAUGGCCGCGAGAGGGUCGGGUGGCUGCUCAACUUCCACGCCACUGAGAUACUGGACGAGGACAAACGGCUGGUGGCCGCCGUCGACUACUACUUCCUGGAGGAGAGCGGCGCCCGCUUCAAGGUGUCGCUGCCGUUCAAGCCGUACUUUUACAUCCUACCCGAGGAGGGCACCCACCAGGAGAUCGCUGCCUUCCUGUCCAAGAAGUACGCCGGAGUGCUGGCCGCCGUGGAGCCCGUCUCCAAGGAGGAUCUCGAUCUGCCCAACCACCUGGUCGGUCUGAAGCGCAACUUCCUGAAGCUGUCCUUCCUGACCACCAACGAGCUGCAGAAGGUGCGGAAGGACGUGGUGAAGGCGGUGCGGCGCAACCGCGAGCGCCGGGAGUCGCAGACGGCCUACUCGGAGCUUUUGACGUCUCAUAUGACCGGCACCGGCGGCGAUGAAGUCACUGAUAACAAAAACCAGAUGGACAACGUCAUUGACAUCAGGGAGUACGACGUUCCUUACCACGUGCGGGUCAGCAUCGACGAACACAUCUUCAUCGGCAAGUGGUACUCGGUGCGGAGCCGCGGCCAGGAGCCGCCGAUCAUCACCCUACGCGCCGACCUACUCGAGUGGCCCGACUGUAUCGUGCUGGCCUACGAUAUCGAGACGACCAAGCUGCCGCUCAAGUUUCCAGACGUCAAGACGGACCAGAUCAUGAUGAUCUCAUAUAUGGUGGACGGCCAGGGCUAUCUGAUCACAAACCGUGAGAUCGUCAGUCAGGAUAUCGAGGAUUUUGAGUACACGCCCAAGCCAGAGUUCGAGGGACCGUUCAUUAUAUUCAACGAGCCGAACGAGGCGGCCGUCAUACAGCGCUUCUUCGACCACAUUCUGGAGAUCCGGCCGCACAUUUUCGUCACCUACAACGGCGACUUUUUCGACUGGCCGUUCGUCGAGGGACGCGCCGCCGUGCAUGGCCUGGACAUGGCCAAAGAGAUCGGCUUCUCCAAGAACAACGAGGGCAUCUACGUGUCGCGCCCGAGCAUCCACAUGGACUGCCUGUGCUGGGUGCGGCGCGACUCCUACCUGCCCGUGGGCUCGCAGAACCUCAAGGCCGUGGCCAAAGCCAAGCUGCGGUACGAUCCUGUGGAGCUGAACCCGGAAGACAUGUGCCGCAUGGCCAACGAGGAACCGCAGGUGUUGUCCAACUACUCGGUAUCUGACGCGGUGGCCACCUACUACCUGUACAUGAAGUACGUGCACCCCUUCAUCUUUGCGCUGUGUACCAUCCUGCCGAUGGACCCCGAUGAGGUGCUGCGGAAGGGCUCCGGCACCCUCUGCGAGGCGCUGCUCAUGGUGGAGGCCUUCAAAGUCAACAUUGUCUUCCCCAAUAAGCAGGAGACGGUGCACAACAAGAUCACCGAGGACGGCCACGUGCUCGACAGCGAGACCUACGUGGGCGGACACGUGGAGGCUAUCGAGUCGGGUGUGUUCCGCGCCGACAUUCCGUGCCGAUUCAGAAUGGUACCUGAGGCGUUCCAGAAGCUAUUAGAGAACGCUGACGCCACGCUGCGGUUCGCCAUUGAAGUGGAAGAGAAGAUACCGAUGGAGCAGGUCACCAACUACGAGGAGGUGCUGUCUGAGGUCCGGGCCAAGCUGGAGGACCUGAGGGACACGCCCAACCGGCUGGAGAACCCCAUCAUCUACCAUCUGGACGUGGGCGCGAUGUACCCGAACAUCAUCCUCACAAACCGACUCCAGCCGUCCGCCAUGGUGGACGAAGCCACGUGCGCUGCGUGCGACUUCAACCGUCCGGGGGCGCGCUGCCAGCGCACCAUGAGCUGGAUGUGGCGAGGGGAGGUGAUGCCGGCCAAACGGAACGAGCUGCAGCACAUCCGACAGCAGCUCGAGAUGGAGAGGUUCCCUCCGUACGUGCGGGAGCCGGGCGGGGUGCCGGAGCCGGGAGCCAAGGAUCGCGCCUUUCACCAGCUCAGCAAGGACGAACAGGCCACCAUCGAGAAGAAGCGGCUGUCAGAGUACUGCCGACGGGCAUACAAAAAGGUGCACAUCACCCGAAUGGAGGAGCGACGCACCACCAUCUGUCAGAGGGAGAACAGCUUCUACGUGGACACGGUGCGGGCCUUCCGUGAUCGUCGCUACGAGUACAAGGCGUUAAACAAGACGGCCAAGAAGCAGCUCUCGGACGCUCAGUCUUCGGGUGAUGUGAGCGCCAUUAAGUCGGCCAACAGCCGCGUGGUGCUCUACGACUCGCUACAGCUGGCGCACAAGUGCAUCCUCAACUCCUUCUACGGAUACGUCAUGCGAAAAGGAGCGCGUUGGCACAGUAUGGAGAUGGCCGGUAUUGUGUGCUACACGGGUGCCGGACUAAUCACCCGAGCCAGGGAGAUCAUCGAACAGGUGGGUCGUCCGCUGGAGCUGGACACUGACGGCAUCUGGUGCAUCCUGCCGGCCUCCUUCCCCGAGAACUACGUCAUCAAGACGACCAACCCCAAGAAGGCCAAGGUCACCAUCAGCUUUCCGAACGCGGUGCUCAACCUGAUGGUGAAGGAUCACUUCACCAACGACCAGUAUCACGACCUGGCUGACGCCCAGUCUUUGAGCUACACCGUGCGGGAGGAAAACUCCAUCUUCUUCGAGGUGGACGGUCCCUAUCUGGCCAUGGUGCUACCCGCCUCAAAGGAGGAGGGCAAGAAACUAAAGAAACGCUACGCCGUCUUCAACUUCGACGGAUCGCUGGCAGAGCUGAAAGGUUUCGAGGUGAAGCGUCGUGGCGAGCUGCAGCUCAUCAAGAUCUUCCAGUCGUCCGUGUUCGAGGCAUUCCUCAAAGGCUCCACUCUGGAGCAGGUGUAUGAGAGUGUGGCCAAGAUCGCCGACUACUGGCUGGACGUGCUCUACAGCAAGGGCGCCAACAUGCCGGACUCUGAGCUGUUUGAGCUGAUUGCCGAGAACCGCAGCAUGUCGCGCAGUCUGGCCGACUACGGCGCCCAAAAGUCCACCUCCAUCAGUACGGCCCGACGGCUGGCGGAGUUCCUCGGGGACGAGAUUGUCAAGGAGGCCGGCCUGGCCUGCCAGUACAUCAUCAGCAAGAAACCCGAGGGAGCGCCCGUCACCGAGAGAGCGGUGCCUCUGGCGAUUUUCCAGGCAGAGCCGAGUGUGAAGCGCCACUACCUACGCCGCUGGCUCAAAGACUCGUCGCUGAAGGAUUUCGACAUCCGUCAGAUCCUGGACUGGAGCUACUACAUCGAGCGGCUGGGCGGCACCAUUCAGAAGAUCAUCACCAUUCCGGCCGCCCUGCAGGGGGUGCCGAACCCGGUACCCCGCGUCCAGCAUCCCGACUGGCUUCACAAGAGGAUGAUCGAGAAAAACGACACGCUCAAACAGCGCAAAAUAUCGGACAUGUUCCGCGCCGGGCCGGCGCUGCCGCAGCAGCCGCGGGAGCCACGGGACGGUGGCGAGACGGAUGGUGCGCCGUGCAGUGACAUUGAGGACCUGGGCGGCCCGUCCUCAGCCGGGCCCACCGGUAACCGGCCGAUGGUCACCAAACGGAAACGGGCCGCGUCCGGCACGGACGCCGCCGAGCUGACACAGAACUGGCGCGUGACGCUCGGAUCGCCGCCCACCAUGGGCGACAAUAAGGAGUCGAUGCUCGCCUGGCUGGCGUUCCACAAGCGCAAGUGGGCUAUACAGCGUCGCCAGCGUCAGGAGCGGCAGAAGCGGGCGCGCGUGGCGGCCGGCGGCGGAGAGCUGCCCCUGGUCACCUCCGUGGCGGGCGCUGGCGGCGGGCCGCGCGCCACCACCCUGGGCGGCUUCCUGCGCCGGGCGCAGCGCACCGUACUCGACACACCCUGGCAGCUGAUCCAGGUGGUGCCCACGGGCACGGCCGGCCUGUACCGGCUCUGGUGUCUAGUCGGCGGCGACCUGCACCUCAUCAAGCUGGUGGUGCCGCGCAUUUUCUACGUGAACCAGCGCACGGCCAAGCCGAGCUCAGAGGGCGAGCUGUGGCGCCGGUGUGUGAAGACGCUGCCACGCUCUCACCCGGUGUACCAUCUCUACGAAUACGCCGUGCCGGAGGAUGUGUACCGGGAGCACAGCAAUGAGCUGAUGGCGAACCUGUCCGCGCCCGACAUCGAGGGAAUCUACGAGACCCAGCUGCCGGCCCUGUUCAGAAUCGUCUCCCAGCUCGGCUGUGUUGUCCAGGUGGACCCUCGGUUCCACCGUCAGCUCUCAGCAGCCGAGACGGACACGUUCGAGCUGAACCACCUGAUGUUUACACCGGUAAACCAAUACCGGUACUUGGAGUCGGGCAGCUGCCGGCACCUGUUCCUCUACCAGUACCGCAGCGGACAACGCGCCCUGUUCGGACUGUUCAUGCCGCCGGCAGGACGCGCGCUGGUCGUGCUCGUGAACACGGAGCGCUCCAACCAGAUGCCCAACCUGCGCACCUUGUACGCCGCCGAACGAGACGGAAAGCUGUCCCGCGGCACACCGGCCGACUCCCUGCCGCCGGAGGAGCUCAGCUUCCAGAUUCAGCUGGAGACCACCGAGCAGGCGGCCUACCGGUCGCUGACGCGCGCCCUGCAGGCCUACAAGGACGAGAAGCGCGGUCCGACCGUCAUCGCCGUACAGUCCUACCUCGAGUUCGGCGCGCUGUACAGCGUGCUGCCGAUCGCCGGCGACUUCCCUCUGGCACCGAUCCAUGUGGCCGACUCAGACCAGCUGUUUGCCGGCCUGGAGUGGCAGCGGGUGGGCGCUCGCGCCAUGCUGCGCCACUUCCUCAACUCGCCCGUCAUACUGGAGACCACCAUACAGCAGUGCAGGUACUUCCACGUGCCGGUGGGUAACCUGCCGGCCGACGCCACCCUGUUUGGUGAGGACCUGUUUUACGCACGCCACCUGCGUAAACACAACCACGUGCUGUGGGCGUCACCGACUGAGCGACCCGACCUCGGCGGCAAGGAGGCCGACGAUCAGAGGCUACUGAUCGAGGGUGAGGAGCUGAGCCGGUCGGACAUCAACUGCGCCGGCGCGUACGAGACCAUCUGCCUGGAGCUGGACGUGGAGAGUUUGGCGCCCACCGCCAUCCUGCAGUCGCAGCACAUCAGCGAGGCCGAAGGCAUCAGCUCGUACGUGGCGUUCGACGCGGCGCCGCAGGUCUCGCUGGAGGAGAUGCUGGCGGGACAGACGCCGCAGAUGGCCUCCUAUGACGAGUCGGUCCUCAGCUACGGCGCAUUCAAGGUUCUGAGGGCGAUGGUCCACUCGCUACUACUGGACGUGACGCAGCACCAGAACGUGUUCGCUGACUACCAGAUGGUCCACCUGUACCGGUGGCUGAGGAGUCCCAACUCUCUGAUGUACGAUCCGGCGCUGAAGAAGAUCCUGCACGUGGUGAUGAAGAAGCUGUUCCUCCAGCUGAUCUCGGAGCUGAAGCGACUCGGUGCCGUCAUUGUCUACGCCAACUUCAACAAGAUCAUAGUGUGUACGAAGAAGCGCACGGUGCCGGACGCGCUGGCCUACAUGGACUACGUGUUGGGCUCGGUGCGCUCCAAGGAGCUGUUCCAGGGAAUGGAGAUCACGUAUGCCCACUGCUGGGAGUACCUGCUGUGGCUGGACCCGGCCAACUUUGGCGGCGUGCGGGGCGUGCUGCCCAAGACGACCGCGUCCUUGGAGGGCGAGGACGGCCGGCAGUCCUCAGAGGACGCGGCGCCGCAGUCGGAGGACGUCGCGCUGGCCGACACAGAGGACGACGAUGAGGGGCUGGCCGUGGAGAUGUCGUGGAACAUGAGCCACUACCUGCCGGAGGAGGGCGCCUGCCAGGCCAACUUUGCCACCAUCGUGGCCAGCUACAUCUCGGCCGUGUACCAGCAGAUCGCCGCUGAGGUGGACGCCCUCACGCCCGGUCGGACCCCCGUGCGGCGGCGGGUCUCCAGCCAGCCGCAGGCCAAGUUCCAGGAUGCUGUCGAGUUCGCCAAGAACCUCAUCACCGGGGAGAUGGCUCAGAAACUCUUCAUGAUCACGCAGAAGAUGCAGAGGAAGUUGCACUCGACGCGCGGCGCCGAGCCGAACCCACUGUUCCCUCAGCUACCCGGCUCGCACCUCCUGCUGCAGAACCCGGCGCUCGAGUUCGUCAAGGCCAUCUGCAAGGUGCUCUCGCUCGACCAGCACGUGGAAGCCGAGGUGACCAAGCUGCGCCGAGACCUGCUCAAACUGAUCGGGGUGGGCGAGUUUAGCCCGGAGGCGGAGUGGGUGGACCCGUGCGUCUCGCACGUGCUGCCCGAGGUCAUCUGUAAGGCGUGCAACCACUGCCGCGACGUGGACCUCUGUCAGGAUACACAUGUGUCCGAGAGCGGGGGAAGGCCGUGCUGGCAGUGUCCCCUCUGUGAAACGCCCUACGACCAGCACGAGAUCGAGCACGCGCUGCUGGCCGUCCUCCAGAGGAGUCUGGUGGCGUUCGUACUGCAGGAUCUGCAGUGUGUCAAGUGCAAACAGGUGAAACAGCUCAACAUGUCGGCCAUCUGCGAGUGUGCCGGCGAGUACCGCGGUCUGGAGAGCCGAACCCAUCUCAUCAGUCGGCUGCGGGUCUUCCGGAACAUCGCCCAGUCGUUUGAUAUGCCCAUUCUGCUGGAGCAUGUCGGCUGGACGCUGCAGCACUGCAGCGCCGCCUAGCGGAUGAUUGGUGGACUGAGAGCGCCGUUGUGGUCGCUAGAUGUCAGUGGCCGUGAUGAUUGAUGUCCCAGCUUGAGAUGCCUGUGUGUCAGUGCGCCUUUUGAGUCAUUGUCACUUAUGCAGAAGUCUUUUUGUGACUUCAACGAUGUAAUUGAAGACAUUUUGUGGUCUGAAUGGCCUUUCACCGAAUGUGAUGUGAUCUUUUACAGGAGUGUUGAUUCAUUUUGUCAACGCUACCUGCGCGUCUAAUGCGGUGUAUGACGUAUGUUGUUUGUUCUCAUAUACAAACCGUUUUCUAA